AUGACGUGUGAGGUUCUGUGUGCAAACAGCCCUCUGGGCAUCCCCCUGACCCGCACCCUGAGAUACAAGACUGCUUCCAAUGUGCACCGCUCUCCCUCCUCACGCUCCCAAGUUAACCCCCCCCCACAGUCUUCCCACAUUAGCACCCACAUCUGGCCCCAAGAGCAAACCUGGGAAUUUGUAGGACCCAGCAGACCUCCCGGCCGCCGGCUUCACCUGUUCGCCUGCACUCUUCUUCCCCUUUUCCUCCACUUGGGAUUGCCUUCUCUCGCCCCACGACAAGGAGCCAAAACCUCACGCACCUCAACAAUGUACGCGUGCAACUUGCUGAUCCUCUCCGCGUCUCUAGCCGGCGCCUCCCUGGCCGACAUGGUGUUCCGCUGCCCCGGCUGCACCGCGGAGCGCCAGGCGCUGUGCCCAAGGCUCACCGAGACCUGCGCGGAGAUAGUGCGCGAACCCGGCUGCGGGUGCUGCCCCGUGUGCGCGCGGCAAGAGGGCGAGAUGUGCGGCGUGUACUCCCCGAGGUGCACCACCGGUCUGCGAUGCUACCCGACGCCCGACUCGGAGCUUCCGCUGGAGCAGCUGGUGCAGGGCCAGGGGCAAUGCCGGCGCAAAGUGGACACCGAGACGGCCACGUUGAGCCAGGAGCACCGGGAGCAAACCAGCGGGGAGGCCGUGGAGCCGCUGCCUGAACAGGGCGUGAGCGAGAUCCCGGCCGUGCGGAAGCCCAGCAAAGAGACCGCCUGGCUGGGACACAAGGAGAGCGCGGUGCGCCAGCACAGACAGGAGAUGAAGACCAAGAUGAAGACCAACAACGGGGAGGAGGUGAAACUUGCGCGGCCCAAACAGACUCAGUGUCAGCAGGAGCUGGACCAGAUCCUGGAGAGGAUAUCCAAGAUGCCCUUCAGAGAUAACCGAGGUCCCCUGGAAGACCUGUACGCCCUGCACAUCCCCAACUGUGACAAGAGGGGGCAGUAUAAUCUCAAACAGUGCAAGAUGUCUUUUCACGGCCUGAGGGGCGAGUGCUGGUGCGUCAACCCCCACACAGGCCGACCUCUCCCAUCAGCCCCCAUUGUGAGGGGCGACCCCAACUGCAGCCAGUACCUCAUGGAGCUGGAGCCUGAGCUCCCCGACACGGACCAGAUAUAAAGUGACAAAAAAAACAAAGAAACUGUAAAGUACUUGGGAACAAAAGAGCAUCUGAGUAAGCUAUGUAUUCUCUUUCAUUGUGUAGGUGUCUCUAGCUCAUUUGAUGACAGUGGAAGUGGAAAUCUGAACCACCUAAAGAUGGAUUGAACAAUAGGAUCCAGUUUGCUGCGUAGAAUGAUUUGCUCAGAUUAGCUGCGUUAUCAGUGUUUUCGGUUGAAAAGUAAAAAGUCUUCCACACGUUUGAGUUUCCGGUGUGUUCGUUGUCGUGGCCUGCAGUUUGUGACGCCUCAUUAAAGGAUGACGCUAUUAAAAUGAUAAUAAAUUCA